AUGUAACAUACAUACAUUCACAUAAAAUAAGUCAUCUAGUUAAUAAUAAGGAAAAAAAAGAAUAGUUAUAAGAAAAAUUUAGUACGUUAUCAGAAUUUUAUAAGUUUCGGAUCAUAAUGAUAAGUUAAUAAGUAGAAAGUUAUAAUAUGAAAAUUAGAAAAUAGCUAGUAUAAAUCCCUCGAGUUUAGCAUUUAAGCGUGUACAGAUGUUACAAAUCAUGGAACUCUCACAUACAUACAUACACAAUUUCAUUUGUUCACCAAUCACAUUGUUCAAUACAAACCCAAAAGCAUACGAGUCAGGUUGCGUUCGAAUUUCACAACUUUUUGAAUCACGUACUAUACAUACAUCGAUGCAGUAAAUAUACAAAAGUACAAUACAUAUAUAUACAUCGCAAAAACUCAAAGCACGUUUGUUUCAAUUUGUAUACAAUUAUUGUGUAAUAAAUAGUUUAAAAGUAAUGAUUAUUAUAGUUUAAUUAUGAAUUUAAAUACCUCUAAUGAAGUUCCGGUGAAUGAAGAAUUUUAUUUCGAGUCAGAUCAUCUGGCUUUGAAAGGAAAUAAAGACUAUACUGCACUGCUAAAGACAAUUGUUAUUUUGGAGAAUCAGAGAACACAAGCAAUACAAGAUCUUGACAAGUUGUUAUUAUCUAAAUCUAAGGCUUUAGAAAAUCCAGUAACUUUUGUAGCACAAUUACAAAAUGGUCAUUUUCUUGAUCUGUCAAGACCUCAAAAAAUUGCAGAAAUUCCGUAUAUAGAUUGGACCAAAUAUAAUAUUGUAGAUGCUGAUGCACGAAUUAGACCUCAAACGAGGCAUGGACAUUUUACUACUCAAACAUCAACGAAACUGGAACCAGAGGAUAAAAAGAUUUUAGUUCGUGGACGAGCUUUUGACGAAAGUAAACCAGAAACAUUUAAUCAACUAUGGACAAACGAAGAACAACGUAGAUUAGAACAAUUAUUAAUAGAAUAUCCACCAGAAAAUGUAGAAAUGAAAAGAUGGACAAAAAUAGCAAAUGCUUUAGGAAAUCGGACUCCUAAACAAGUUUCGAGUAGAGUACAAAAGUAUUUCAUCAAAUUAUUACGAGCAGGUCUUCCGAUUCCUGGUCGAGGUCCAAAAUUUAAAUUAGACAUAAAAAGAGGAUUUCAUUAUCGUUAUCAACGUAAUCGUUAUCCUUUUUUUCGGAAAUCAACAUUUUUUCCUCAUCAAGAUUUAGUUACAGCAGAUGAUUCUAUUAGUGAUAUAGUAGUACAUCAACAGCAACAAAAUUUGUGUACGAUAUGUGGGCGUGAUCUUAUAAAAAAACCAUCAGAAAUUCAAAACGAAUCUUCUACUAAAACUUGUGCUAAUUGUGCUGUUGGAGAGUUAGAUACAAAUAGCAAACAAGUUUCUGAAAAAUCAAAAACUAUUGACUCAUCAAAAAAUUAUGACAGCGAUUAUUAUUAUCAAAAUUUUAAUGAUUCGUCAUAUAAUUAUUUAGAUACAAAUUUUUUACCAGAUUAAACGUAGAUUAGACUUUUUAUUCAUAAAUAAAUGAACAAAAUAUU